AGCAAAGAACGCUACAUGAUCUGAUUCUCAAUCGGGUAUUCUCUUAUUACAUUCUUUAUUCUUUAACGAAAUCUCGAGGAUUCAGGUAGUAGCAGGCGCCGGCUACUUUGAGUUUAGGCGAAUAUAAGAGUUAGAUUCGGAGAAGAAACGCUUUGAGGGAGAAAGGGAGAGAGAGGGUGUGCUUGUGUGUGAGUGUGAGGUGAAAGAAGCAAAAGAUGCUCGGAAGAUGUGGAAGGAGAUCGGAGACAGAGAAGCGGGCAAACUACGCCCAAGAUUGUUCGCAAAUCGCAUUAAGUCCAAUCGAGUCCGCACUCUCCAACUCUCCAAUCACAAAGAUAUCGUCUCCCCUCACAGAGGCUCUAUCAACUCCCUUCAGGUUGAUUUGACAGAGGGACGAUAUUUGCUCUCUGGUGCAUCGGAUGCUUCAGCAGCUGUUCAUGAUGUUCAACGUGCCACAGAUUUUGAGGGUGGUGGUCUCAUAGCAAAGCACAAAUGCAUAUUUGUUACCAACAAACAACAUGAACGUGGGCAUAAAUAUGCCAUAUCGUCUGCCAUAUGGUAUCCUGUUGACACAGGGCUAUUCGUCACAGGCUCAUAUGAUCAUCACAUAAAUGUUUGGGAUACAAAUAGCACACAGGUGGUGAUGAACUUCAAAAUGCCUGGGAAGGUUUAUAGGACUGCCAUGUCCUCAGUGGCAACGUCCCACAUGCUAAUUGCUGCCGGGACAGAAGAUGUUCAAGUUCGCCUUUGUGAUAUUGCGUCGGGGGCAUUUGCUCACACACUGUCUGGUCACCGGGACGGUGUGAUAUCGGUGGAAUGGUCAACUUCUAGUGAGUGGGUUUUGGUUACGGGAGGAUGUGAUGGUGCAAUACGUUUUUGGGACAUCAGGCGUGCUGGAUGUUUUCUGGUUUUAGAUCAGUCCCAUUCUCAGCUUGGGAGACGCCCACCUAUUCCUGAACGCUCUGCCGCUAAUAAGGCUUCAACAUCGAAGUCCCUAUCACGGGCACAACAAAGGAAGCUUGCUGGUGGGAAUGGUACAAAACAGUCACCCACUGCUAGAAUGCCAACUAAGGGAUCUGUGAGACAGAGAUUACAUCCUGGGCUGUUAUCUAGUCAGGAUCGUGCCACUGCUCAUUACGGUGCCGUUACCGGGUUAAAGUUAACUGAAGAUGGCAUGUAUCUUCUAAGUGCAGGUUCUGAUUCAAGAUUAAGGCUGUGGGACGUUGAAUCUGGCUGCAAUACACUUGUGAACUUUGAAACUGUCCGACUGCAAACCAGCAAGCCAAUACAGUUGGCGACAACUCAGGAUUCAGCCUUUGUUUUUGUUCCAUGCAUGUCAGCUGUGAAGGCAUUUGAUGUAUGGUCAGGUAAGACAUCCCUGACAUUUCGAGGACACUACGAAUAUGUGAACUGUUGCUGGUUUAGUUCUCAGGAGCAGGAAUUAUACACAGGUGGAAACGAUAGGCAAAUUCUUGUGUGGUCCCCAUCCAGUUUGAUUGCGGAUGAAUUGGAUGAAGAACAAGCUCAAGAUCAGGAUAACUGGAGCGAUUGAUAUUUGCAGCUGUUGCGUUCUGGUUCUUUGAUUCUCUGUCUAAUACAUAGCAAUAUAGCAUGACCUCUUAAGUCCCUAAGCUAUUGUUUGUUGCAUGUAUUAUGUAUAUAUUGCUCAACCUUAUAAUUCCUUGUUAAAUUGAAUUAUCAUUUACUUUUGUGGUCAUGGAUAUUUGGUUUGUAAAUAUGACUUGCCACGGUUGUAUCAUGGAUUUUCUAUGC